GUUAAAGCACACGGAAGCGGUUAUAAGAGCGGUUAUCAAAAGGAAAAAAACCCGCACAAAUAUUUAUCAUGACUCAAAUGGCAACAGACGCAUUGGGCUUCGUUCUUACCCUAGCAUUGCUUUUAAACAUAACCUUCUGCAAUGCGGACGUGGAAAAAAGAAAGCGUGUUCCUUUAAUUGUAGUUUCCAUGGAUGGAGUGGCCUGGCAGCAGUUGGACCCCGAGCUUACGGACACGCCAAACUUUGACUUUAUCGCUCGCACAGGGGUAAAAGCCAGAAACAUGAUCGGAGUGAACCCUACCAGUACGUUUCCGACGCAUAUGACCUACCUAACAGGCCUUUACCCUGAAAGCCACGGCAUUGUAGGCAACUCCUUCUACGAUCCACUGUUUAACGAGUCUUUCUACCUAGAGACGGACUGUUCCAACUUUGAUCCGAAAUUCUACAACGAGUCCGAGCCUAUUUGGCUAACGAUGGAAAAAAAGGGGGCGAAAUCUGCCACGUAUUUUUGGCCAUCGAGCACAAGUUAUGAGCGAAGACCGAGUUUCUUUGCUGAUCAUGUUUGCUCGGUUAAUUGCAGCGACUGGGAGGGAAGAAUGUGGGAAUUGCGUGAGAAGAAAGGGCUUAGUCACUGCAAGUUCGACUGGUUUAACGAUCCAUACUGGCACCGCAUUGAGACCGCCAUAAAAUGGCUCAAAUCUGAUGACCCCCCAGAGGCUGUUUUCCUGUAUUUUGAGCAGUCUGACUACGACGGGCACCGUUGGGGGCCGAAUCAUCGCCUUUACUGGCAAUCUCUUGAGACGACGGAUAGGUACGCCGUGGGUAAACUCUUGCGGGAGCUAAAAAAGGCGGACAUGUUAGAAAAGGUCGAUAUUAUCUUCGUAUCUGACCACAGUAUGAUUGAGACGAGUAACAAAAAGCUGAUUGAUUUAUAUGAUCAUAUUGACAAGUCAAGCUGCCACGGCCCUGGACUAUGGGUAAAGCCAGACCUUCUACAGGAAUUGUAUAACAACCUUAGUCAAGUGAACACGACACACAUGAAGGUUUACCUCCGAGAGGAUGUUCCGGAAGAAUACCAUUCCCGCCACAACAGACGAUACCCUCCACUUUUUCUUGACGUGGAGAUGGGGUGGAGCACGCGCGUUUCGCCAUACGACAAGGAUGAAGACUGGACUCGAGGAAGCCACGGAUGGGCGCCAAAUGAUGCCCUCGGUGCAAUAUUCUACGCCCGGGGACCCUCAUUCAAGAGGGGCUACAACAUGACGACGUCCCUUCGCGCAGUUGACCUCUACCCUUUAAUGUGCCACUUGCUGGAUAUGGAGCCUCUACCUAAUAAUGGUUCCCUUGACAACAUGAUGGACUUGCUGAGAGAGUCCGCCUUAAACGUCAUGCAACUCAGUCACGCUGAAUGUGUGACAAAAAGUGUUACGCUUAUGAUCAUUGUGUAUGUUGUAUUGGCCGUUUUUGGCUUCACUUACUAGUUCAUUUAUAACUUAUAGCUUUUGAUGAUGUUGGUGUCUUAGAUUGUAAAAACGAGGUCAAGAACGAACGCUAGAAAUGCAAUAUGCAUGAAAUGGGAGAGUGAGAUCAAGUCAGAACAGCAAUACUUGAUGAAAAUAAAUAAAUAAAUUGAUACCCUAACUAGCUGCAAAAUAAAAACAACAAAAAGGAUCUCAUUUAAGCGCUUACAUAUAAGCAUUUGUCUGUCUUAAAGGGUUUAUGAUGAGGCUCCCUCCUACCCUAGGGCGAUAAAAAUAGCGAAACAAUGAUCGACGGGUACUCCUAAAUAUUGUAUGUAAUGUCAAAAUAAGGAUCGACCGAGCGACCUAGAAAAGUGUUCAAAAUAACAAAGCUUACAGCUGUAAUGCCACCGGCACCAUCUUUCGCUAUACCCCUUUUGUAAAUAUCUACGUAAUAUGUAACCAUCUUAAAAGCGUUUAAUGGGUGGUGGCGUCUUUUGAUAUAUUCAGCUCAUUGAGAGUAAUGAAUAGUAGUUUUAGAAAUAGAAGUAUCUUCAAAAUGUGAAGUGCUCGGAGAUUGGAUUGUGAGAUCACCUGCUCUAGGAUAAUUUAAUUCCAAAGUAAUGUGUAAUGCCUUGUUAGUGUUUAAUAAACUAUGCAUUUCUUUCCUC